AGUUUUAGUGGGUUGGCGACAGUGUUUCUAAAUCGUAGAAUUACAUCAAAAAUACACAAUGGCUGCCCCCAGUAAUGACAAGAAUUUGGUAGACGAAAUGGAGGCUGCUUUUCAGGGAUGCUUCUCAACGUUGAUUGCUCAAGAUCACCUGAAUGUUGUUGAUUCGCAAGAGACAAGGACAAGUGUGGAGCAGUCAAUCCAGCGAUUCCUGGACGUUUCCAAAGAGCUGGAGAGUUACUUCCUGCAGCGGCAGCAGAUGUUGUCGGUUACCCGACCUGAACUGCCUAUCAAAGAGGAGGUUGAGGAGUUGAAGCAAGAACUCCAACGCAAGGAGACCCUGAUCCAACAGCACCAGGCCAACAUCCAGAAGUGGCUUGCCGUGCUGCAGCAGUCCGACGGCGGGGUGCCACCCUCCCCACAACAACAACAGCAGCAGCAGCAGGCAGCACUGCAGCAGUCCCCCAGGCAGAUGGGGCCCAGGGCUAUGGGCUUCCCUCCCCACCAGCCCGUGCCGUUGAGCGGGCCCCUGGCACACCUGGAGCAUGCUGCCUCCAGUAUAGGAGGCAACUUUGAUCGCAGGUGAUGGGACAUGCGGGCUUUGACAUUUCGUUUUUGGAAUCUAUUCUAGUACCAUCAAGCAGUGUCUCAGUUCUGUUUCAGAAUUGGCUCCAAAUGUCCUGGCAAGAGAGGGGAACCCGCAAUGGUGAACAUGGAAAACUGUAGUUGCUAAUACAUGUCCAUUAAAAGGAGUAAAACCUCUCUUAAAAAU